ACCGCGGGCCCGUUUGUGUAUAAUGCGCACAUGAACUUCGUUAUCUGUGUUUAGUUGUAUUCGUAUUUUUGGGGAUAAUUAAAUGUUAAAUAAGUGAAAGUAUGCAAUAUCUGGAAUUACCGGUUUCUUUGGUUGGCAUCAUAAGAUAUUUUUACACCGUCUUUAUUUUGUGAUUGGCCAUUUGGCACGUGACAGUGCAGUGACAUGUGUUUUUAAAAAUUUUAGUAUUUUAAACAGUUUUGUUUUAGCGUCCUACACAUUAAAAGACGUAAGUUUUUGUUAUUUUAUUAUAAUUAUUAUAUCAAAAUGCCUUUGGUUGACAUAACUAAUCCCGCUGUAAUAAUUUUUCUUAUUGAAAAUUAUGAGAAAGAGAAUCGUUUGCGACUGAAUUGGAUUCAUAAGCAUUGGGAUCAGAUUCAACAGGCCGCGACAUUAACAAGAGAGCCAACUAAUUAUUUCGAAACCGAUGUUAUUUCUCACAACAUGGUCGGUGGCUUGGCUACCAUAACACGGGACCAUGUUGUGGCAGGAUACAAUAGACGCAAGACACCCUUACGUGAUGGGACUUUUAUACCGGGAAUUAAAGAUCUACGAUACGGCCACUCUCUUAUUGACGUCGGGCUCGCUGAGGGUGACGAUCCAAGACUUACUAGACCAAACACAGACCUCUCCAUCGAUCCUGUAAUGCGUCCAGUCGAACCAGAAGUAGCAGAGAUUAUUUACAAACCAAAACCGGAGUUUGGCAAAGACACGUAUUUAGCAAAGCGAGCGAAAGUUAGUCCAGAGAAAAAAUAUUACUUCGCUGAGUGUAGCAAUAACCAGUAUGGCUGGCGUCUCAAAGAUAGUGAAUUACGUCAGAAACCUCUUCACGGAAGGUGCUGGCAUCUAACGAAAGCUUUGCGCAGUAGAGUCGGGCCCAAACCAGAUCCGCCACACUAUAAGCCUUCAGAUAUCCCAGGACGAUCUAAUUGUGUUGGUAUUUAGGUAGAUGACGCUAUUGCGUUUUAUUAAUUAUUUCAUAUAUUUUUUACGAACAUGUUCGUGAAGGAAGAAAUGUUAUUUUUAAUAACUUUUAGAAUCUAUUCUACCUUAUCUUGAUAUUAAACUAAUACCGUGAAAUAUAUGUAAUUUUUCCUUGUA